AUGGACGAGAAUGAAUUUCUUUAUGUCGUUGACCGUGAAAAAUUUGAGGUGAGACAAUAUCGAAGAGGAGAAUCUCAAGGAACAGUAGUUGCAGGUGGCAACGGAAGUGAAAAUCGUUCCAAUCAAUUCAAUUCCCCAACAUACGUAUUCGUCGAUAGAGAUCAAUCAAUCUAUGUGUCUAAUUGGGAGAAUCAUCGUGUGAUGAAAUGGGUGGAAGGUACAACAGAAGGCAUUAUCGUGGCUGGUGGCCAAGGGCGAGGAAAUGACCUUACACAAUUGUCAAAUCCUACAGGAGUUAUUGUCGAUCAGUUAGGCACUGUCUACGUAGCUGAUGCAGGAAAUGAUCGAAUCAUGUGUUGGCCCAAGGAAGCUAUACAAGGAAGCGUCGUUAUUGGUGGAAACGGAAGAGUAGGACAAUCGAAUCAACUGUAUCGGUCCGAUUGUUUGUCAUUCGAUCGACAAGGCAAUCUUUAUGUCGCCGAUAACGAAAUUAAUCGAGUAAGAAAGUUUAACAUCGCGUCAAAUGCUUAA